UGCUUCUCCAUUGCCCAAUCAAACUCCAAUCUGAAUUUGGACACGCAUCGCUGGUCAAACUGGUGGCAUAUAUAGGGAACCGCCGGCUGGCGCAGCGUCUUAAAUCGAAAUGUUGCUGCUGCUGCUGAUGGUCGGCGCGGUCGUUGGCUACGAUCAGAGUGUCAACUAUUGGGAGGCCUUUGCGCCAGGCAAGUUGCUGCAGCGUUUGGAUGCGCUAACUGCAACGGAUAUGCAGCACGGCCAGGUCAAUGCAUUGACGGAGCAACAGCGACCCAGCGCACAGGCAAAGCUUGAUGAGGAUGCGGACGACGAUGAGGAAAUAGAAGCACAAGCGGAAAUGGAUGCUGAUGCCGAUGCCGAUGUGGAUGCUGAUGCGGAUUCCGAGGCUAUCGAUCAUGAUGGUGACGUGGAGCAACUGGAGCUGGAUAGCCACAGUGCCGAAGGCCAUUCUGGCGAGGAUUACGAGCGCAAUUAUGAGCAGUUUGUGCGGCAAUACUUUGAUCGCAUACCGGACGACGCGGCUGAUGAUGUUGACGGGCAUCAGGCGCAGCUGGAUGACAGCGUCGAGUCCCAGGCGGGGGCUAGCAGCAAUGUCCAACAGCAUCGCUGCCGUCGUGUCCAGCGCAAUGGCCAGUUGUGCAAAAUAUGUCGCGAGGCGCGCAACAACGAGGUCACCGAGACGUGCAGCUACUCGCACGAGGCACAGCCGGAGCACUAUGCCUACGACAGUGGCUCUCAGUACAAGCGUUACCGGGACGCACCGUCCUCCGAUGAACAGAGCGAGGAGGAGGAUGCAACAGUACGGCAACGGCGCACCGGACGCCAGACCUCAAUUGUUCAGCCCGGCGCCGACAGCAGUCUCUGCGAGCGCCGCAUGGUAGGCAACAGUGUCUGCUACGAUUGCAAGGACAGCGGCGGUCAGCAUAUGCGCCGCUGCUACGAUGCGGCAUUAAACAAGCAGAUCAAGAGCCGAGCCAAGCCGGGCCGGCCACAUGGCGGGGAAUCGCAGCAGUCGGAGCAGGAGCAGCGUCUCUACAAGCGCACCAUCAGCUACAGCUAUGCGCAGGGUAGCAGCCCGGAUGACAGGAUGACCCCCACACAGCCAACACCGGCUCGCAAUGAUACCCGAAUGCCGUCGUCAUUGUCGCCACCUGCCCGCCGGCUAACCAAGGUAUUGCGUAGGCGUGUCGCAAUCCCAAUUGCAGCAGUUUAGUUAUGUCUAUAAACAAUAAUCUCUUUUUUUUUACAUAUAUAUAUUUUUUUUUUAAACAUAUAAACAAUAUGCACAUGCCUUUACGCUUUUAUAAAAGGAGCCCAAAUAAAUGAAUUUAUAGAAACAAA